AUGCGUGGGUGUGCCCACGCGUGGGUCUCACCUGCCCUCCUCGCACCUCCCACAACUUCUUCGUCCUUCCCUAAGCCCUGGAAGCCCUCCCUCUUCCUCCCGCCCAGACAUCCCUCCCCCGUUCCUCGUGUCCCUGAUCCCGCCCCCUCUCCCACUGACCCACUCUCGUGGCCCCCGCCCACGGGUCCAUCUUCCUGGGAGAGGCUCCUGUCUACACCGACGACUUCUCGCACCCGCUGCCCUGACCCCACGGCCUCGGCUGCAUUGGAGCUGGAGCUGAUGGAGCGGGGCGGGGGCGGGGUUCACGCAGCAUCCAGCCCUCCCGAGCUCCAGCCAACCCCGCCCCCCGCGGCCUCCUGGCGGACCUGA